UUCCUAUUUUAUUCAAUCAGAACUCGGGAGCUGAAGUGCUUUCGUGGACCAACUCAAACGCCCACGCCCGCGCCCAACCCCCACUCAGACAUCGAAGCUGGAAAAUCAAGGUUCAUCGCUGCGUCGCCUUCUCUCCGCGGCCAUAUGUCGACCCUGAUCCGCAAAACCACUGGAAAACUCACUCCCAGUGCCGUUCUUAAAUCAUGCUACUGGAAUUGCCUUAGGUCCCGUUCGAUUCACUCUGCAGCCUCAGCUCCGCAGAAAGGUGCUGCAACCGGACUUUAUGGCUUUGAGCACCUGAAGUCGCCUCAAGGUUUCCGACGUUUCGUCGAUGAAGCCAUCGAGAGGUCUGGCGAGCUUGUUACUUUCAUUUCCAGCAUGCCUCCUUCAGCAGAAGUUGUCCGAGCGAUGGAUGAAAUUUCCAACACAGUCUGCUCUGUUUUUGAUUCUGCAGAACUUUGUAGGCAAACUCAUCCAGACAGGGAAUUUGUGGAGGAGGCAAACAAGGCAGCUAUGAGAAUGAACGAAUACUUUCAUUUUCUCAAUACAAAUCAUACUUUGUAUAGUGCUGUAAAAAAAGCGGAGCAUGAGGCUCAUCUACUUACACGAGAAGCUCAUAUGGCUGCCCAUUACCUCCGUGUUGACUUUGAAAGGGCUGGAAUUCAUCUUUCUGCUGAGAAAUUAGAUCGAGUAAAUCAGCUGAGUAUGGAGAUUGCUCAGCUUUGUCAGGAGUUCAAAGAAAAUAUCGUCAUUGACCCAGGCUAUGUGGAUAUAUUUCCACCAUUGCGUAUGCCAAACAACUUGCACCAUCUUGCUAAGCCCAUAUAUCAGUCAAGUGAAUCAUUUGGGUCAAGAAGUAGCAGGAAGAAAAAGGGAUUUCGAUUAACGACUGAUUCAGAUUCUCUAUCUUCUGUUCUGCAGUACACAUCGGAUGAUGAGGUUAGGAAAAUGGCUUAUGUCAAGGGAAAUUCAAGUCCUCAUGCUAACCUUGAUGUUCUUGAUAAGCUUAUUGCCGCUCGCCACUCGCUAGCUCAGAUAUUAGGGUAUAGAUCUUUUGCAGAAUUUGCAGUAACGCCUAACUUGGCUUCAUCUCCAUCUGUGGUAAUGUCCUUUUUGCAAGAAUUGAGCGAAGUGGUCCGUUCCAGAGCUGAUGAGGAGUUCAAUCAAAUCAGGGAGUUCAAGUCAAAGAAGUGUGUUAAUAAGUUCGAAGAUUUAGAGCCAUGGGAUGAGGCUUACUAUACAUCAAUGAUGAAAUCUACUGCAUAUAACCUGGACUUGUCGGUCGUAUCAUCAUAUUUUCCUCUAUCACAGUGCAUUGAGGGUUUGAAAACUCUUGUGAAGUCAUUGUUUGGGGCAUCGUUUUAUAAUAUUCCCCUAGCACCAGGUGAAUCAUGGCAUCCUGAUGUGCUUAAAUUGUCUCUUCAACAUCCUGAAGAGGGUGACUUGGGAUUUUUAUACCUGGAUUUGUAUUCAAGAAAAGGAAAAUAUCCAGGUUGUGCUCAUUUUGCAAUUAAGGGAGGCCGCAAGGUUUCAGAAACGGAAUACCAACUUCCAGUUGUAGCUCUUGUUUGCAACUUUUCCAGUUCAAAUGAUGGAUCAAAUGUAAGGCUUAAUCAUUCGGAAGUUGAGGCUCUUUUCCACGAAUUUGGACAUGCGCUUCAUUCACUGCUUUCAAGAACGGAAUAUCAACAUUUUUCAGGUACAAGAGUGGUUCUCGAUCUAGCAGAGACACCUUCAAACCUAUUUGAGUACUAUGCGUCAGAUUAUCGUGUUUUGAGAACAUUUGCCAAACACUAUUCAACUGGUGAGAUAAUUCCUGAAAAGCUUGUGAAGUCAAUGCAGGGUGCCAAAAGGAUGUUUGCAGCCACUGAACUGCAGCGUCAGAUUCUUUAUGCUUUAAUUGAUCAAACACUGCUUGGAGAAAAGUUUUCAGAGAGGGAUACUAGUUCUGUUGUUGCUGAGCUAAAAAGACAAUACACCAGUUGGAAGCACGUGGAUGGCACUCAUUGGCAGACCCGAUUUUCCCACCUCCUGACUUAUGGUGCAGGUUACUACAGCUACCUGUAUGCCAAAUGCUUUGCUGCAACCAUAUGGGAGAAGCUGUGUCAGGAGGAUCCUCUUUCAAGGGACACAGGAACUGCUUUGAGAACUAAAUUUCUACAACAUGGUGGCUCGAAAGAAGCUGUUGAUUUAUUAACUGAUCUCGUGGGAGAUGGGAUCGUAAGGUAUAGUGAAGGAGGAGUAAUUCCUGAUAUAACCAGUCUUUGCAAGGAAAUGGGAAACUUGUAGCAUAAUGGGCUCUUUCCUUUCACCAUCUUUCCCCCCCUUAACUUAUCUUCUUCCAAAUUUUGUCCUCGGUGUAUUAUUAUUGGAAGCUCAUGAGUCUUUGCCUCAUCAUUCAUUGUUGUUGGAUAGGUUUAUUUAUAAUCUUCAAAUUGCUAGCAUUCUUUGUAAUAUUAAUUUGUAGUAUUUUCUCUCUUAAAUUCAAGAAUUUGUUAAAAUUCAAAGAGAUCUUGGAUAUAAUGUUGAAAUUUCAUGAA